GACCGACGGACGCGCGGCCGGGCGCGCCUUCUGCUCGCCGGAGCUGCUCCGCAAACUACUGCUGAGUGUGUGCGUGCACGCGAGGGGCGGGGGCGGGGGCCGUGAGUCCCUGGUCCGGGGUUACUGCCCUCUGUUGGGGUUACCUUUGGACGGGGGCCCUUGGACUCGGAUUGGAAUUAGGCAAACAAAAGAGACCAGUCAGCGAGUGGCCAGAAGUCGCCCGAGCGCCUCGCCGCGCCCCCUCCUCCCUCCUAGGUGGGGGCUGGCCACUGGGGGGCCGGGAGAGGGCGACCGAGCGGCGGGGGGCGGCUGCGCAGCCUGGGUGGAAGUGUUGGCGGCCUGUUGUGUAAGCCUCAGUCCUUGUUUUCUCGGUCUGGCUCGUUGUGAAGCCGGACACAUCCACCCUUGGACUCGAUUCAAGAGGCUGCUGCUUUUCUCCUUGCCCCUGUUGGGUUUUCUGGAUUUUUGAGAACCCAAUGGCCUAGGAGGAGGAGGAGGAAGGAGGAAGGGGCAGAUCUGCAGAGGAAUGUGAGAGCCUCCCAAAGCCAGAGCAGCCAAAAGGAGCCGGGAGCCAGAGGGAAGGCAGAGCCCUGCUGCGUUUCUGGAAUGGUGGUUUCCGAGUGAUUCUCUUCUAUUUUAGAACAUUGUUCCAGUGGAAAGUGUCGAAUUCUUGCCCUUGCAGAGCUGGUUUCUUCAGGUCACUUGACUGUUCUUCUGAAAGUGGGAGGAAAGAGAGACUCCUGGGACUCCCCCAGGCUGCAGAGGGAGGGAAGACGACUAUGGACAUGAGCCCUCCCUGCUCACAGGCAUAUGCCCAGAGACGUGAUAGGGCAGUUUCUGGGCCAUGGACAUUGCUUUGAAGAGGAGCAGGCUGGACAGCAUUUGUGGGUGCUGAGACCCCAAGCUGGGGGCAGAGUGACUGAGCUGUAUAACAGGCAUUGAGUUGCUAGUACAUUCUUGGACACCCCAGUGAGCAUCCUUGGUCUGGGCAGAGCUCUCUCCUUCCCAUCUUUCUCUACUACCCAGACCAGCCAUGGCGCUGAAAGGCCGAGCCCUCUAUGACUUCCACAGUGAGAACAAGGAGGAAAUCAGCAUCCAGCAGGAUGAGGACCUGGUCAUCUUUAGUGAGACCUCACUGGACGGCUGGCUGCAGGGCCAGAACAGCCGUGGCGAGACGGGGCUCUUUCCUGCCUCCUACGUGGAGAUCUUCCAUUCUGGCCUCAGUGCCAACCAUGCCGACUGCUCUAGCAGCCUCGAAGGAUCUUUGGGCACUCAGGUGAGCUUGUACAACAGCUCCAGUGUGGCCAGCCCGGCCAGGAGUGGUGGGGGCAGUGUUUUCCUCUCAAACCAGGGCAGCUUUGAGGAGGAGGAUGAUGAUGACUGGGAUGACUGGGACGACGGAUGCACGGUGGUAGAGGAGCCACGGGCUGGUGGGCUGGGCACCAACGGGCACCCCCCACUCAACCUCUCCUAUCCUGGUGCCUACCCCAGCCAGCACAUGGCCUUCCGGCCCAAGCCAGCCCUGGAGCGGCAGGACAGCCUGGCAUCUGCCAAGCGAGGCAGUGUGGUGGGGCGCAACCUCAACCGUUUCUCUUGUUUCGUGCGCUCUGGAGUGGAGGCCUUCAUCCUAGGUGAUGUGCCCAUGAUGGCCAAGAUCGCUGAGACAUACUCUAUUGAAAUGGGCCCUCGUGGUCCCCAGUGGAAGGCCAACCCCCACCCGUUUGCCUGCUCUGUGGAGGACCCCACCAAACAGACCAAGUUCAAGGGCAUCAAAAGCUACAUCUCUUACAAGCUCACACCCACUCAUGCUGGCUCCCCAGUCUAUCGGCGCUACAAACACUUUGACUGGCUCUAUAACCGCCUGCUACACAAGUUCACUGUCAUUUCGGUGCCCCACCUGCCUGAGAAGCAGGCCACAGGCCGCUUUGAGGAGGACUUCAUCGAGAAACGGAAACGGAGGCUUAUCCUCUGGAUGGACCACAUGACCAGCCACCCUGUGCUGUCCCAGUAUGAGGGCUUCCAGCAUUUCCUCAGCUGCCUGGACGACAAGCAGUGGAAGAUGGGCAAACGCCGGGCAGAGAAGGACGAGAUGGUGGGUGCCAGCUUCCUGCUCACCUUCCAGAUCCCCACAGAGCACCAGGACCUGCAGGACGUGGAGGACCGUGUGGACACCUUUAAGACCUUCAGCAAGAAGAUGGACGACAGUGUCCUGCAGCUCAGCACGGUGGCAUCGGAGCUGGUACGUAAACAUGUGGGGGGUUUCCGCAAGGAAUUCCAGAAGCUUGGCAGUGCCUUCCAGGCCAUCAGUCAUGCCUUCCAGAUGGACCCCCCCUUUAGCUCUGAGGCCCUCAACAGCGCCAUUUCUCACACGGGCCGUACCUACGAAGCUGUUGGUGAGAUGUUCGCUGAGCAGCCCAAGAAUGACCUCUUCCAGAUGCUCGACAUGCUGUCUCUCUACCAGGGCCUGCUCUCCAACUUCCCUGACAUUAUCCACCUGCAGAAAGGGGCUCUCAGGACAUCUGGAACAUGAAGGAACUCAGCACAACCCACCGGUUUCCCUGGUGGCCACAGAAGAUCCUCUGAGGGGCUGACGCCCUUUGUAGGGACAGCAGCCAUUGGUCCAGCACUGUAAUUGUUACUCUGGGAGUGGGAGCACAACUGGGACGUGGCUGCAUAUGCAGCUUGAGCUCGGCAUGGCCCGGUCUUCCCUGAGAGGAGAAGGCGGACACAGGGCUAGCGGACCCUGCCACCGGCUUUCCCUUACUGCCCGCCCUCGCCGCUGGGGCGAGGCGCGUCACGGCGCAGCAGCCAUUGGCACGUCUGGGGCUCUUCAGGAAGGGCCGGUGGAUUCCUCUCUGCUUCUUCCACAGCGUUUUGGGCACAAAACCCCUCCUCAAUGCCUGACCCAUCUUAGUGGUAACUAACUAUGAGAGGCCCUGGGGUAGGGUGGGGGCCGGGGAGAGAGGAGUCCGCUGGGUCUGGUUCCCCACCGUGGUUCCACCUUCUUGCCAGGCCUCCCUCACAUGCCAUGGCCAGGAGUGGGCCACCCAGCCAGAGAAUGCUGGAGGUCUGCCCAGGUACCCCCACCCUUUGAAGAUCCGGAAUCUUCAGGGCCCAGAGGAAGGUGCUCGCACCCCUGGCAGUUCCCACUGGCUAGGAGAGGUCAGCGUGGGGUGGGGGUGCACUUCUCUGUUGCUAUUGGAGGGUGGGUGCUCCAGCUCAGUGGGUCCGUAGCUGCCGUAGCAACCCCACUUAAAGGGCCAGCUUCUAGGAUGAGAAGGGCUCAAAGGGAGCCCCUUCUUUAGCAUAAGAGACAUAAACCAUUUAGCAUGGUGGGCAGGGUUUCCAAGCUGGGAACCUGGGCCCCUCUGGCAAGCCCUACCCUGCCCCUCAGCUCACCCAUGGGGUCAUUUUCCAAUUCUGCUAAUGUCAGCUUAGGUCCCCUAAUGGGCAGGGCCUCCUGGCCCCCUAACUCCACACAGCCAGCUCCUGGGACUGGAGGAGGGCCACAGACUUCUGAAGUUUGUGUUCCUGCCUGUGCACGUGCUACUCAGGCAGGUAUUUAUCUCCGUGUUGUGUGUCUGAAGGUCACGAGUGAAGCAUACGUUGUGCAUUUGUGCGUUAAGGAGGGCAGGAGCUCCCAAGCAUUCCCGAACACUUGCACACAGGUUGCUGUUGUCUUUGGUAGACAGGAGGAACUGGCUCCUUAGAAGAAGGGGAUGCUGAGUUAUUUUAUAAAGUGGACGACGACCCCCUUAAGCCUCAGGUGCGGAUCUGCAGGGGGCAAGGGACUUACAUAAAUCAAGGCCCGCGUUUAGGUUGUGCUCCUGGCCCUGGCAUGCAUGAAAGACCCUUUUCCAGGUCCUAGCAGAACUGCUGGCACAAGGCCCUGGGUAGCAGCCCACUGUCCCACACAGGCUCAGAGGAGCAGGAGCUGUGUCAGCUGGUGCCAGCUCGGUGGGGGCAGGGCAGGCAGGCUGUGUGAACAGAGAGCAUCGUCAGUCCUCUGGGGGAAAUUGGAGAUGAGGCCAGAUCCUGCCCAGUGGGUCUGUCACCCUCUUCUCGGCUUACAUUUCCAGGGAAACUGGUCGCCCUGGAUGGAGAUUGGCCCCAGAUACCAGGGUCUCGAGGCUGCAGUCCUGCACUCCAGGGAGGGCCUGGGCAGAGUGUGGGGUAUAGUGUGGAGAUACCCUUGGCAGGGCCCCUGUGUGUGGCUGGCCUGGGGGCGCCAGAGAGACCAAGCUUAUAAAAGGAAUCUAGGGCUAGGACUUCAGGCUCAAGGUGUUUGGGAUCUCUGGGGCCCUGGCCACUGCCCUGGGGAGCUGCACUGCUCAGUGUGGCAAGAAGAGCCUUGCUUGGCCCUGGUCUCAGCCACACCACCACUCACCACCUUCCGUGUGACCCUGGCGAGCCCGCUCCGCUCCCUGCCUGCUGGGCUCCCCCGGCCUUCUGUGGCCUGUCAGCAGUGAUGAACCUGGGUUCCGGGCUUCCUUCCUGAAGCUUCCAAGAGUGGAGGAGCUGAGAGGCCAGAGGCUGAGAGGGUGUGGAGCAGGGGUCCUCAAACUACGGCCUGCGGGCCACAUACAGCCCGCCGAGGACAUUUAUCUGGCUCACC